AUGUCGGAUACAGAGAAGGAUAAUAAAGUCGAAAACACCGAUGAUGCUGCAUCGUCAUCAACAGAAACAACUAAUAGCACUACCAAGACUGAAACUACUACUACCACUGCUACUGCAGACGACAAGAAGAUAGUAUACGUAAAGAACAAUGCUGUUAUUGACGUCAAUGUAACUUCGUUCUACGAUGAAAUCGAGAUUGAAGAUAUGGAUUUCGAUGAAGAUGAACGUGUAUUCUAUUAUCCAUGUCCAUGUGGUGACAGAUUUAAAAUAACAGAAGAAGAGAUUUUGGCGGGUGAAGAAAUCGCAAAGUGUCCAAGUUGUUCAUUGUUACUCAAAGUCGUAUAUUCACCUGAGGAUUUCAUUGUUGAAGAUGAUUUAGGUGAUUCUGCAAUCACCGUUGCUUAA